AUGACAAAACUACUAGUACUCCUUCUUGUUCUUCUCCAGAUGGCUCUUACCCAGAGACUUAUGGGUAGCUUACUCCGCAAUGAUAUUCCACAAGAAAACAGCUGGAAAACCAUUUUCGUGAAACAAAGAGUUGACCACUUCGCCUUUGACCAAGCCUCCAACGAGAGGCACUUCUCUCAGAAGAUUCUAGUAAACCUGGACCACUGGAAGCCUGGUGGUGCUCUGUUCUUCUACACUGGUAACGAGGGUGCAAUUGAGCUUUUCGCACAAAACACCGGCUUUGUGUUUGACAUUGCUCCUGCUUUCGACGCUGCAGUCGUCUUCGCAGAACAUAGGUACUACGGGGUAUCCAUGCCUUAUGGAAGCUUAAACGAGUCCUUCAGUGACUGGACUAAGUCCAGAUAUCUUACAGUUGAACAAGCCAUGGCUGACUUUGCUGAUAACAUCGUCUGGUUAAAAGAAAGCUAUCUCAACAAGACUGACACACCUGCCAUAACAUUUGGUGGAUCGUACGGAGGUAUGCUGGCUGCCUGGAUGAGAGCCAAGUAUCCAAGUCUGGUCCAAGGAGCUAUCGCUGCAUCUGCUCCAGUCUGGAUGUUCCCGGGAAUGUUAAAGGACUUUACAGGACCGUACCGUAUCAUCACACAGGUGUUCCGUGAUGCUCAACCUGACUGCCCUGCAAAGGUCACACAGUCCUGGGAUGUUAUCACUGAGAUGGGCAAGACAACUGCUGGUUUGAAGCAGCUCACUAACCUCUUCCGCACUUGUAAGCCUCUGGACCGUGAUGGAGUCAUAUCACUCAGCAACUGGCUGAAUGGAAUGUACUUUGACAUGGCCAUGGUGAACUACCCUUAUCCUACCAGUUUUCUAGCAGACCUCCCUGCCUGGCCGGUGAAAGAGUUCUGCAGAAGAACCAACACUUCAGAAGAUGUGGUGACUGCUAUAGCCACAGGAGCUCAGAUGUACUCCAACUACACAGGCAAGUUGGAGUGUCUAGAUUUGGACUCGGACCCUGCUGGUGAUCUAGGAAUGACUGGGUGGGAUUAUCAGGCUUGUAUGGAGAUGAUCCUUCCCAUCUCCAGUGACAAGUCCGUGGAUAUGUUCCCUGACGACAAGUUUGAUCUGGAAUCGUACGUUUCGUCCUGCGAGCAACAGUGGAACACCACCGCUCGACCUUUCUGGCUCAAAUACUUCUUCGGUGGAAUGGACGGGUUUGACUUUUCCGGUUACUCCAAAAUCUUCUUCUCCAAUGGGAGGUUGGACCCCUGGGCUGCUGGAGGAACUGUGAUUAUUGAGGAGAAGUUCUGUCUGGCAGACUGUCCCAACAUCCUGAUAGAGGACGGAGCACAUCACCUGGACCUCCGGUCCUCAAACCCUGCUGAUCCGGAGAGUGUUCUUAUGGCUAGAAAACAGGAGGUGGACGCUAUCAAACGGUGGACUGCUAGACCUGGCACUAGGUUUGAGCUUUGAAUACUAAACGUUGAGAGAUUUUAUACUCGAUUCUCCAAGGAAAUCCAGUGACUUAAUACUUCGUUGAUCAAGCGCGCAUUUUUUAUGAAAUAAAAAGAUAUUAAAAUACCUAAUAAGGGAACGGUUAGAUUUGAUAUAAAAUUGGAUGCUAUGAUUAUAAUUGUUAAAUAUGUUUUUAUAACUCUUUGUUUGCAGAGAUGGUAUUGUUGUAUUUUCAGAUUAUGACCCAACCCGGUUGAUACUUUUAGACUAAUAUGUUAACUUUUGUAUAAUUUUUCAUCAUUGAUUGUAUUCGUUCGAAUGUUUCUUUUGCAAA